AUUUAGAUAUUUGAUUUUUUUCAGAAUAGUUUUGGAGCAGAAAUAUGAGCGGUAAAGUUGCAGCUAAUCGUCGUGUUCUCGCGAUCCAAGCAAAGAAAAAGAGAAAGAACCCGAAGAGGAAAGGAGGGGGCGGGACUUCUACUACGGAGGGCGUGGUUACCAGAGACAGAGCGGCAAGGGAGCAACAGCAGCACAAUAAAAGCUACGAGGAGGAGGAGGAAGAGGAGGAGGAGAUACUUGGUAGUGAUGAUGAUGAACAAGAGGCUCCAGCUGAUUAUUGUAAAGGAGGAUAUCACCCUGUCAAGAUCGGAGAUCUCUUUCACAACCGAUAUCACGUCAUCAGAAAGCUUGGUUGGGGACACUUCUCCACAGUCUGGUUAUGCUGGGACCUCACGGAGAAAAAGUUUGUUGCCCUCAAGGUUGUCAAGAGCGCAGCGCACUACACCGAAACCGCACUCGACGAGAUCAAGCUCUUAAAGUGCGUGCGCGACUCUGACCCCGACGACAAGCUGCGGGAGCGCACCGUGAUGCUCCUGGACGAUUUUAAGAUCAGUGGCGUGAACGGAACCCAUGUCUGCAUGGUGUUUGAGGUGUUGGGACAUAAUCUUCUCAAGUUUAUAAUCAGAAACAAUUACCAAGGAAUGCCUUUAGAAAACGUGAAAACAAUGAUGAAGCAGGUUCUGGAGGGUUUACACUACCUUCAUGUUAAGUGUAAGAUUAUACACACAGACAUCAAACCGGAGAAUGUACUAGGUAAACAAGCAUAGUGUUCAUCAAUUAUACA